CUUAGUCAUUAGGAAUCUAGGUGGAGCUUCCUUCUUGCUGACCACAAAGCCUUUCAAGCAUACACUUUCCUCCUUAAAUACUUCUUCCUUUACCUAACAUUGUCAGUAGUGCCCAGAACUCUCAACUGCCCGCUUCUCUCUUCUGUCUGGAAUUCUGUGCUUUCUUCUGGCCUCAGCUCCCUGGAGUAGUGGACACAAUGCUGCGCUGUGGCCUGGCCUGUGAACGCUGCCGAUGGAUCCUACCUCUGCUUCUGCUCAGCGCCAUAGUCUUUGAUAUCAUAGCACUCUCUGGAAGAGGCUGGCUGGAAUCUGAUAACAAUUCCCAGACUUCCUCACUCUGGUGGAAAUGUCCAGGCGACACUGGCUCUGGGGGCACUGGCUCCUAUGAGGAAAAUUGCAGAAGCCUUAUGGAUUUUGCCUGGGGAAGAGCAGCGGCUGCUAUGCUCAUGUGUGGCUGCAUCAUUCUGGUGAUCUGUUUCGUUCUUUCCUUUUUUGCUCUUUGUGGACCACAAAUGCUUGUUUUCCUGCGAGUGAUUGGAGGACUGCUGGCCCUCGCUGCUGUGUUUCAGAUCAUCUCUCUGGUUAUUUAUCCCGUGAUGUACACCCGGCAAUUCCUUCAAGGUGAUCUUAUUACCAGAUAUUAUUACAACUGGGCUUAUGGCUUUGGCUGGGCAGCUACCAUCAUUCUCAUAGGCUGCGCCUUCUUCUUUUGCUGCCUCCCCAAUUAUGAAGAUGAUCUCCUCGGCAAUGCUAAACCCAGAUAUUUCUAUACAUCAUCCUAAGAGCUAAGAGUAAAAGCAGAAGAAUAUGGAUACUCACUUUGACAACUGGAUUCCAGAGACAGAAAGACACUCAUUUCUUCCCAGACCAUAUUGAACUUAUAUGUCUACAGUGAUAUGUAAAGGAUUCAGCUAUUUUUGAGCAAAAUUUUUAAAUGUCAUAAAAAUUGGGGAUUAUCUUAAAUACCUUAUAUGGUUUUAUAUUUUUGUAUUCAUGUUUCAAGGGAAUUAUUGUAUUGUUCCUUUUAAUUCAGCACUGACAACAUGCCAAAGUUUCCAAAACAUCUAUCUUUAAAAUUAGUAUGUAUAUGUAAAGACAAUUGUAAACCUAGAGUAAUUAUUCUAUAAAACAGAAAAUGGUAAUGCUUUAGACAGGUCAAGUUUCUAUUUGUCUUUAUUUAAAGGACUGAGUUUUUUAAAGAUGAACUAAGGGAAGAGGAGAGGUUAUUUUUAAAGUUAGCAAUAAUUGUUCUCAGCUGACUAUUUUAAGAUAUGCAAAGUAUUUUUUUCUAGUUCACCAUUUUGUCUCCAAGCAUGGUGAUAGUGUGCAUGCCAAACAUUAUUCAUGAUUUCUCAUUAACUUUGCUAAUCCAUGAGUUUUCAUUAUGUUGUGUUUAAAAUAUCAUUUAGGGAAAUAAAACAAAAGAAGAUCAAUGUUGUUCUUCCCAAUGGGUUCACUGUUGUAGUUGGAGACCUUGUUUUGGAGUAAAAUGUUAAGAUGAGUUUUUUUUUUUUUUUCCUUUAAAGUAGUACUUUGGGUUGGGCUAAGGUAAAAGCACUAUGCUCAUUGGUCUGUAUUAUUUCUUUGUCUAAUUGACUCUGGCCAGAUUAGACCAGAUUGGAAAAUGGGGGUUAUUUUUACUUGUACUACAUGUGCCAUGCACACAACCCCGAUGAAUUGGAUUGAAUUUUUCAAUUCCAGUCUGAUUUGGCUGCAUCUUAUUGCUAUGGCCUAAAAUAGUCUAAAGAUUGUACCUUAAAGCCUAAAAGGCAGUAAAAAGUCUGGUGGUCCUUGGUAAGUAAUGUAUAGGUUAAAAUUUUUAAGUUAAAAAAAGUGUAAUUCACUGAAUAGAAGAGUAGUAAAAAAAAAUGCUAUUUCCAUAAAUGACCACAUACAUACCAUGAUGUAUCUGGUUUUUUACCAUUUAUAUUAGCCAACAGAUUAAAAGUCAAAAUUGAAUUUAUUUAUCAGAUUAUCCUUUUGUAUAUUGCAGAAUAAGCAAAUGCAUUUCAUUAUGAACUCUUUCUUCCUAAUAAACCAGGUCACCUGUUACUUGUUUCUAG